AUGAGGUCUUGCAAGUACUCGCAUGACAUCUUCAGCCCUGAGAACAAAAAAGUUCUAAAGGCCCACGAGUUGUCUGGUCUUGAUGAGAAUGAGCUGCGAGUCCUCCUUCUCCAGAAUGACCCUUUCCUCCUCCCUGAUACCUGUCAGUUUUACAACAGAAAGGAUGAUAUCUGCAUCCAGCAAAUCCACUGCAACAAGCUUCAUAUUUGUCGACACUUCCUCCAAGGGGAAUGUAGAUUUUCUUUGUGCAAGAAGUCCCAUGACCUCUUGGAUGGCCAUUCACUGAGAGUGUUGGAAACUGGAGGCAUUGGUGGGAGCAUAGCUUCGAACAUCCAGACUAUAUACGAUCACAGGCAUGAGGAAUUCAAGAAGGAACUGAAGAAAGGGAAAAUACACAACUACAAACCAAGAGAAAAUUUAUGGAAAAAAACAGCAGAUACAAGGGUUAAAGAACAGUGUGGAGUAGGCCCCACACUGCAUGUGCCACUUUUAGAAGGUCCUGGUAGCAACAUACCUGGGCAGAACCAGUACCGCUUGCCAACAGGAGCUGAAAGUAAAGACCAAGCUAAAGAAGAUGAUGCCUUUGCUAGAGCUUCAAAGAACAACAAAGAAGAUAAGUCUGAUGAGAUAUGCGUGUUCUAUAUCUGGAGGUACUGCAAACAUAAAGAUAAAUGCAAAUUUGUUCAUUACCAUUUGCCAUAUCGAUGGCAAAUAUAUAAUGGGGUCAACUGGAAUGACGUUUCCAUGAUGGAGGAGAUUGAAAAGGCCUAUUGUGACCCAAAAAACAUCAGAGUAGCAGAUAAGAACAUUGAUUUCCAGAGAAUGACCUGCAGUUCUUCUUCACUUCGACGUCUCUCUACAGCAUCAUCAGUCUCAAAGCCCACACUGUCCUUCACCACGCAGUGGAUCUGGUAUUGGAAGAACAACCAAGGGCAGUGGGUUGAAUAUGGAGAACAGGGAGAAGGGAAUAGUACGAAGUCACCAUCUUCUGCUGUUAUUGAGAAUUUAUAUCUGGCGGAUCCAGAUGCCAUCGUACCCUUCCAGGCUGGCUUCUACAGUUAUGAACUCAAUUUUAAAGAGAUGACCCAGACAAACAUCUCUUCUAAAACUCGAAGACCGGUCUGCAGGCGGCCAAAGUUUGUGUCCGCUGAAGAUGUGCAGAAGAUAAAGAGAGGUCUAUAUGCAGUGGAGCUCAGUAAUGUGACCUCUGAAUACAACAAAAUAAAGCAGCUGUUUCAAGAGACUAUGAAAAACUACAAGGUCCUUAAAAUACAGAGGAUUCAGAAUCCAUCCCUCUGGAAAGUGUUUCAGUGGCAAAAGGAGCAGAUGAAAAGGGAGAAUGGAGGGAAGGAGGUAAACGAAAAGCUCCUGUUCCAUGGAACCAAGAAGUCCUUCGUGGAAGCCAUCUGCAUUCACAACUUCGACUGGAGAAUUUGUGGAAGCAAUGGAACUAACUAUGGAAAGGGAAGUUACUUUGCCAGAGACGCUUCCUAUUCCCAUAGAUACUGUCAGCCUGAGGUGAGAACAAACAUUAUGUUCGUGGCUCGUGUGUUGGUUGGAGAAUAUGUUAAAGGCUGCACAACCUACGUUCGCCCCCCAGCAAAGUCUACUGAUGGGCUCCGGUUUUAUGACAGCUGUGUGGACAACGAGCUCAACCCCUCCAUUUUUGUUGUCUUUGAAAAAUACCAGAUUUACCCAGAGUAUAUAAUACAGUAUAAAGAGGAAAAUGAAAAAUGUACAUUAUCAUAGAAGGACGGGAGCUGUCUGUAUCCCUCAUCUUAUUUUCCGUAUUGCAGGUAUUCUCGUAUUGGGUGACUUUGUCCUUUUUAACACAAUCCUUUAGAAAGUUAAUCCAACUAAUUCCUGUACUGAGGAGGGCUGGCAAAGCAGAUGUUAUACUUGAGACUAAUUGCCUUCUCUUCCUCUCUUAAAUGAAGCAUAGACAUUUAGAUAACUGUAGCAUAAAAAUCAGAAUCACAGGAUGGGAAAUCAAAUGUUAUGACUUCUGGGGGCAAAUAAUUGUAAACAUGUUUUCUCAGAAAUACAGUAGAGGGGAUUUCUUUUGGCAAACAGCUCAGUCAAGAGAAAAAUUAACAGUACAGUAGUUUUUAAGCAAACUUUCAGGCUUUUGGUAGUCAGAGAUUCUUGUCAGUGCAGAAUACGACUGUUCUUGAUCCUCUCCUCUAUCGCAAUUCUAAACGAGUCAGUGUGUGAGAACAACAUAGAUUUCAAAGUGCUGCUUGUUAAUGCUGAUAGAUUCAAGCUGAAAAUGGUCGAACAAAAAAAAAAAAAAAAAAAAAAAAAAAAAAAAAAAAGCGACGUAAGUUCUCCAGUGGAGAAGUUUUAUCUGUACAAUGGCAGGUACCAUUUGGAUCAGCAAAUGUUGGAUCAGAUUCUUUCUGCAGAUCUGCAGUAACUUGCUGCGUGACCUGUACGAAAACAGAGCUCAAGCGAAACCCUGAAAGUCACAAACUGUGAAUAAGCAGGUAGUAAAAUUUGGUGGUUUGGAUGCAACUAAUGGCCGUAAGUAUAGAAAGGCUUGUGUCACAAGUGACAAAUGUGUUUCCUCAAUGUGAAUAUUCGCUUGGCAAAUCCUGUAGGACAGGAGAAACAUCUUAAAAAGCAUUGAUAUUUUCUGUCCUAUUUCUAUAUGUUAAUUUUCGUUUUUUCUAGAAAUAUGACUGGAAGAGACCAGUUCUGUUCUCUCGAGGCCAGUGGUAAAACUGCUGUCCUAAGACACUUCGUAAAUGUGUUUUGUUGCCCACAUCACGUUGGGCAACUCACUGUCAGCUCCCAGGUGUAGCUCCUCUUUGUGUUGGAGGUCGCUUUGGGUGACCCUGGAUGCUGCUUCCCUGGGUCUGUUUUUUUGUCAGUGAUGUACAACCCUAUCGACGGUGGUUAAGCCCUUUUUUAGUAAGUUACGUGCUUUUUAUCGUCCAAGACAGAAAAUAUAAAAACUCUGUGAGACUUUCUAAUAAAUUUUAAUAUGGAGUUUGUAAGUUAAUGGAACUCAAGACCCUCUGUACAAAGAUAUCUUAUUCAGAGGGAAACUGUUAGUGAAGAUGAGGGAGCAGUAAUUUUUACUUUCAGAUAAGCUUUACAGUAACACAAACACCCUUCUGGUUAUUUGUAUCUUCAGUACUAAUCUGUCAACUGCGUGUGCUACUCAAGUUUUGAAGUUACCAAGAGGACAGGGAAAAUAUAUCAUACUAGAACAUCUUACUGAAAUCACUGUCUUAAAAUUAAAUGAAAAUAUGCGUCAGUAAUGCAUUAAAAGGGGAAGAUUUUACCGCUUUCUAAGAUCUCUCCCAUUUUUGUUUGCCUGUAGAGUGUCUCAGUCACUGAGUUGCCGUACUUACAAAUAAAAUACGUUUUCAUGCAUUUUUUUGCUUGCUAGCGUGCAGUUUGUACGUAAACUUAUUGCACAGCUCACCAGACCUGGUGAACCAGAUGCUCAGUGUCUUCAGCCGUGUCCCUAAAGCAGGGAGCUGCACGGGUUUGCAUUUUAGCACAUUUUAGUGUGAAGGCUGGAAUACAGUCUGAUUUGUGGAGAAUAAUAUAUCUUAUUCCUAAUAAGGUACAUUUAAUUAUUAAGCGCUGCGGUAGCUUGGAUGGAUUCCAUGGAAUCCAACAGUUGCUCUGAUUGUCAAAGCUCUAAAAAAAGGGGGAAGAAACAGUAGCAGAACUACUGGUUUUAAUGUGUAUUCAGGUACUGAAUGGCAGCAGA